AUGCCCGGCAGGAGCAAGAACCUAAGAAACACCUCCCUGCUUUCAGGGAGCCCCCUGUCGCAAACUCUCAUCCCCUCAGAUAUCCUCUCCAGUCCUGACCAAGAAUGGGUAACAUCCCCGGACCUCGCAGAGCACUGUCUGCCCUACAUCCCGGAGAUCAUGGAAGACGUGACGGUCUUCCUGCUGGGCAAUAUCAAUAUCAACUCGAGCCAUUUGUUCCGGGCUGACAUUCUGCAUGAUAGCUUGAGGCUGCUCAAAACGCCGUGGCAGAAGGAGAGGGUUCAUGCGCAGGUGGGCCAGGACGAGGCUGGGAGUGAUGAACUCGCGAAUAGCGGUACUGGUCAUGGUGAUGGUGCUGAGGCCGAAGCCGAGGCUUCAGAGGAGACGGUGGAGCCGAUACCUGCCAGAGACGUUCCUGGCUUCGAGUUAACCAGGACCGUGGUGAGACGGUUUAUUCCUCGCAAUCCGAACCUGGAUCGGGAGUUGGAGCAGACGUGUCAUUUCUAUGAUAAGAUCAAGGGCAGCGAAGAGGACGGGAAGAUGUCGACGCCCGCGUCUCGAGAUGUGUUGGUCGUUUAUACGCCUCAUGCGACUUCUAAGGAAGAUACGCCGUACUAUCAUCCCCAGAUCCGGGCAUUAGCGCUACUCUACAAGUUCGAGUACAAGAGCCCCGAGGCCGCAAGCACAGAAGUAGGAUCAGAGGAAGGAAAAUCACCCGGUUCAGGCACCUUGUCGCUACAUUUCCUCCCCUUUGCGGACGAGGAAAUCUCCAACCGUCUAGAACGCACCCUCAACGCCCUCAUCAACACCCAGAUUCGGCUUGCGCGCGGAACCCGCCUCCCCAACGAGCCCGGGAAAGUACCCAGAAAGGGCCGAGAUCGAGGCGGCGGAGAAGGUCGUGGUGGCGGCGACAAGCCUAAUAAAGAUAACAUCAUCCCGCAGCACCUGGUGCAAAACACAUACACGCGACUGAAGUUCAAGUACGGGCCUGACCUCUGCCGCGACUGGGUCGAGUCCACGGAGCCCAGCAAGCACGUCUUUGAGGAUCUCAGCAUUACCGCGUUCUUGGUCGAGCUGUGGCGAAGCAUGUACGGCGUUUGUCCUGCCGACGAGCGCACCGGGCAAGCUCCCUCGGCACAAGUCGACGACGCACGACCAGGAGACGAAGAUUCAGAUCCCCAGCCAUCCGACUUCCCAGGCUUCGUCGACAUGGCCUGCGGGAACGGCGUGCUCGUCUACGUCCUCCUCAUGGAAGGAUACAAAGGAUGGGGAUUCGACGCCCGCCGACGAAAAACAUGGAGUAUAUUUCCCGCCUCCGUGCAAGCCCGCCUCAAAGAAGAGAUCUACAUCCCGAAACCGUUCUUCGACGCACUGGCUCCUCCUGCAAGUCCCCCUUCAUCGGACCAAGUCCCAUCAAACCCCGACGACCAGGACUUCGACUUCGACCUCGGCGUCAAAUCCCACACCGGCACCUUCCCGCCCAACACCUUCAUCAUCUCCAACCACGCCGACGAACUCACCGUCUGGACACCCCUCAUGGGCGCCCUCUCUAACCCGGAGUCCCCAUUACCCUUCCUAGCGAUCCCCUGCUGCUCGCAUGCUCUAUCUGGUUUGAAAUACCGGUAUCCAGCACCGAAGCCUCAGACUCAAAAAGCCGACACCCACGAAGAAACCACCACCACCACAACCAACGAAAAUCCAUCGCAAGACCCAACCGCAGACGUAGACGCAGAUGCAGACGCCAACACAGACUCCCACGGCUCCCUGCUCGCCCUCCGCCAGACCAAACUCGCCUCUCAACCAGGCGCCACCGGCUUCUACAAAUCCACCUACGGAUCUCUCACUGCGAAGACGAUGUCCGUGGCCCAGGAAAUCGGAUACGGCGUCGAGAGCACCCUGCUCCGCAUCCCGAGUACCAGGAACAUGGGCGUGAUUGGAGGCAGGGAGAUUGUGACGCGGGAAUGGAGGGAGAGGAGAAAGAGGGCCAUGCAGACUCAGACCGAUACUCGUUCGCAGGCGCAGGAAUAUAUGUCUCCGGGUCCUGAUGAAGCAAGUGAUCGGGUCGUGGAUGUCGUUCACCGGGAAUGUGCGCGUGACGGGGGAGUCGCCAGCGCAGCGCAGAUCUGGGUUGAUCGUGCGAGAGGAAUACAUAAGGGUCCGGGGAGAGGGAAUUUGAAUCAAAAUCAUCAGUCAGGUUCCGGGCAUUGA